UAGUAAAUCUCUUGAGUUAAUUAUGGCUACCAGCAACGUUGUUUGUGCUUUAGUUCUUUCCUCUCUGUUCCAUUUUCUUCUUGUUCCUGUAUCAAGUACUCGUGGAGUCAAUGUUCUUAAAAAAUGUGGGUUUAAAGCAAUUUAUCAGCUUGGGGAUUCUAUAGCUGACACUGGCAAUUUGAUUCGCGAAAAUCCUCUUUCUCCAUAUGCUUCAUUUCCUUAUGGUUUGAAACUCUCGAAGCCAACAGGCAGAUGCUCCAAUGGGUUGUUGAUGAUUGAUUACAUUGCACGCUCGGCUAAACUUCCCUGUCCUGGUGCCUACUUGAAUUCGGCAAGAAAAUUUUCCGGUGGCCGCGGUGGAGUGAAUUUUGCAGUUGCUGGUUCAACUGCCUUGCCUGCAGAAGUUUUAUCGUCGAAGAAUAUAAUGAACAUUGUGACAAAUGAAUCUCUUAGCACGCAACUUGAGUGGAUGUUCUCCUAUUUUAACACAACAUGUUCCAAAGAUUGUGCUAAAGAAAUUAAAUCAUCUCUCUUCAUGGUUGGGGAGAUUGGAGGCAAUGACUAUAACUAUGCUUUCAUGUUUAACAAGACCACUGAAGAAAUAAGUGCCUUGGUUCCCGAAGUUGUCAGAGCUAUAAAGGAUGCUGUUGCGAAAGCCAUUGGUCGCGGUGCUAGACGAGUGGUUGUCCCCGGAAACUUCCCGAUAGGUUGCUUCCCGGUUUAUCUUAGCCAAUUCCAGCCCAAUGAUGCUGCUGCUUAUGAUGAGUUCCACUGCCUCAAGGGGUUAAACUCUUUGGCAAGUUAUCACAAUGAGCUUCUCAAGCAAACCGUUGAGGGAUUGAAAACAAAUUACCCUGAUGUGAUCAUAGUUUACGGGGACUAUUACAAAGCAUUCAUGUCGAUCUAUCAGAACGCUCAGUCUCUUGGUUUUGAUACGAAGUCGAUGCAAAAAGCUUGCUGCGGGACUGGUGGUGAUCAUAAUUUUAGCCUGAUGAGAAUGUGUGGAGCUCCUGACGUUCCGGUUUGUCCAAAGCCUGAUCAAUACAUCAGCUGGGAUGGAGUUCAUUUGACACAAAAGGCUUAUCAACACAUGGCAGAAUGGCUUAUCAACGAUAUCUUUCCAAAGCUUCAAUGCAGUGCUUGAUGUGAAAGUUCUGUUCUCACCAAGACAUGGACUUGAUAGCAUGAAGCUCUUAAUUUUGUCUACAAUUAAGCUUGUAAAAAUAUUGUUGUCUUUGAAUUCAAAAGGGACCUCACAAGGUUGUUUGUAACUCUAAUUAUUCAUUUUUCAAAUCA